GUACUAAUUUCCAGAAGACAUCUCUCUCUCUCUCUUCACAAUUAUCUGUGUCUCUGGCAGAAGUUGUAUUUAUUUAUUAUUAUUUUGAUGGGGUUGUAUACAAUUUCAACAAAUGUUGUUCUCCAAUUCCAAUCUCUCUCUCCAAAUUUAUUUUUGAAAUCCUACAGCACCAGAAAACGGUCUUUUUCGGCGCGAAAUACCACCAGCACUCAGCCCUCCUCCAAUGGUUACCCUUCUCUUCCUACUCCCACUACUCAAAACACAUCUCUCCCAGGCAAGCCAGAGGCAGAUGUUGUUGUAAUUGGAAGUGGAAUUGCUGGACUAUCUUGUGCAGGACUUCUAUCUAGAUACCAGCAAGAUGUUUUAGUGUUAGAAAGCCAUAGUUUGCCUGGGGGUGCUGCUCACUCGUUUGAGAAAAAGGGCUACAAAUUCGACUCUGGUCCAUCGUUGUUCUCCGGAUUCCAAUCAAGAGGUCCUCAGGCUAAUCCUCUAGCACAAGUUUUGGAUGCAUUAGGUGAGUCAAUUCCUUGUGCCAAUUAUGACUCUUGGAUGAUUUACUUACCUGAAGGUGACUUCUUAUCACGCAUUGGACCAACUGAAUUUUUUAAGGACCUUGAGAAGUAUGCAAGUCUUGAUGCUGCGCGAGAAUGGAGAAAACUUCUUGAUGCAAUACUACCAAUGUCUGCAGCUGCGAUGGCUCUGCCACCUUUAUCUAUUCGAGGUGAUUGGGGUGUUCUAUCCACUGCUGCAACUAGAUAUGCCCCCUCUCUCUUGAAAUCCUUUGCCCAAAUGGGACCUCAGGGGGCCCUUGGUGCUAUGAAGCUUCUCAGACCCUUCUCAGAAAUAGUUGACUCAUUGGAGCUGAAAGAACCUUUUAUACGAAAUUGGAUAGAUCUUCUGGCUUUCUUGCUCGCAGGGGUGAAAUCUAAUGGUAUACUGUCUGCAGAGAUGGUAUACAUGUUUGCAGAAUGGUACAAGCCAGGUUGCAGUCUGGAGUAUCCCAUUCAUGGAACUGGGGCAGUUGAUGCUCUUGUCCGUGGACUACAGAAAUUUGGUGGACGACGGAUCUCUUUCAAGAGUCAUGUGGAAAAUAUUGUUGUUGAAAAUGGUCAAGCUGUGGGAGUAAAGCUAAGAAGUGGUCAAUUUGUACGCGCUAAGAAGGCUGUUGUUAGUAAUGCCUCUAUGUGGGACACAUUGGAUCUAUUACCUAAGGAAGUCAUUCCAAAGUCAUACCAGGACAGGAUCAAAACGACCCCUCAAUGUGAAUCAUUUAUGCAUCUUCAUUUGGGUUUUGAUGCAGAGGGUAUAAGCGAGGACUUGAAGAUUCAUCAUAUAGUUGUGAAUGAUUGGGAGAGAGGAGUUGAUGCUGAUCAAAAUGUUGUUUUGAUAUCUAUACCCAGUGUGCUUUGUCCAGAUCUUGCACCCCCUGGGAAACACGUGUUACAUGCCUAUAUGCCAGGAACCGAACCGUUUGGACUCUGGGAAGGACUUGAUCGUAAAAGUGUUGAAUACAAAGAACUCAAAGCUAAAAGAUCUGAGGUCCUGUGGAGGGCCGUGGAGCGUGCUGUUGGUCCAGGUUUUGAUCGCGAGAAGUGUGAAGUGAAGUUAGUUGGAACCCCCUUGACACAUCGAAGGUUUCUGCAGAGGAAUAGAGGAACUUAUGGGCCAGCUAUACAGGCCGGUAAAGGCACUUUUCCCGGACAUUCAACUCCGAUCCCACAGCUUUACUGCUGCGGUGAUUCUACAUUCCCUGGUAUCGGAGUCCCAGCAGUUGCUGCUAGUGGCGCCAUUGUUGCAAACUCAUUGGUUUCUGUGUCUCAGCACUCAGAGCUUCUUGACGCUGUCGGAAUAUGAUAAAAGCUGGUGAGUUCUGUUUAAUGUUUAUCUUGAAUUUUUCCUCAUUUUGUUGUAUGUUUAUUAAUAUUGUAUAUAAUGUUUUUGAGAAACAAGUAUUUUUGUCGUGCUAUAAAAUUUAAAUAAUACACGUUUUUUUUUUGCA